AUGUUCCCUCUGAAAACGAAAGCUAAAGAGAUAUUAUGCAGGGGAAACUUCAAAGCAAUUAUAAUCUCUGGCGGACCCAAUUCUGUCUAUGCUGAAGGAGCCCCACAGAUUGAUGAAGAAAUAUUCAAAUGUGGUUUGCCCGUUCUGGGAAUAUGUUACGGAUUCCAUUUGUUAAACAAGUGGCAUGGUGGUACUGUUGCAAAAGAACAUAUCAGAGAAGAUGGGCAAUGUACAGUUCGAUUAGAUACUACAUGUGAUCUCUUUCAUGAACUCAGUGAAAAUGAGCAGGUACUUUUGACGCAUGGAGAUUCCGUAACAGAGGCAACCGUGGCUCCAGGCUUCAAA